AAAAAAUAAUAUUAGUGGUAAAAAUAGUAUAAAUGUGAAUAGCUAAUGGGAGCUGAAUCACUUAGCUACAGGCCAAAUUAGAUUUAACCCAAAUUUAAGUACACCAAGUAACAAUGUCAGAGUCUUACCUCUGGGAGAAAGCAGGUUAAUGUAGGUGAAAGUAUAGAGCAGCAGUGCAUAGACAUGCAACCACAGGCUACUAAAGGCACAAGAGCUAAUGACCACACUUCCUCACAAGAACCACGAAGAAGCCAAAGAGACCGAAAGUUAACAGAAAAGGGCCAAGAACUGUACAAUGAGCAAAUAAGAAGAUUUGCUCACCGUUUCACUGUGAGCUAUGAGGAGUGGAAUGCUAUUGCUAAAGACGCCAAGCAAGCUUUGAGUGGACAAUGCUCAAACAACCUGCUACAUGAACACAUAAGCAAAAUAAGUGCUGCCUCAGAGAAUCUGAACAUUGCUUAUGAUGAGUUAAGGCGCAUAGACAACCCUGACCAUGACACACGUCGCAGAAUUGACACCUGUGAUGCAGUAACCAGGAAGAUCAUCCAAACUGCAAAAUAUCGUUUGGAGACAGCAGAUAACGGUGGAGGAGAUGAACAACGAUGCAACAGGGCGACAUCGUCUAUAUUCAAGUCUGUAGCCUCAGACAAGAUAAGUAUCAAAUCCCAAUGCACUAAGUCCUCUCAUGCUCAAAGCAGCUCCAGACAUUCAAGUCGGAUUUCUGUUAGCAGACAAGAUGCCGCUGCUGAAGUUGCUGCCAAUGAAGCUACUCUAGAAGUACUACUAGAACAAGAGUGUUGCAUUGAGGAAUUGGAAAGGCUUGAAGCUGAAGCUGCAGAGAGACAAAAGGUGCUAGAUACAAAGCGGAGACAACUGGAGCGACUAGAGACAGUUAAAAAGUUAAAGGCUGCUAAGGCACGUCAGCGAGUGUAUGAUCAGAGUGAGUGCUCAGAUAAAGAAAUAAGCAGUCUACUCCAUCAAAGUGUCUGUAUGAAGGAAAAGGAAGAAGUUAAACAUGAAAAUAAUCUGUUGCAGCACCAUUCUUCACCACAAGACCGGGCACAUUCAAAGCAGGAUGACAGCACAGCAGCUCUUGUUAGAGCACUUGCAGAGUCCAUCAGUGCAGGUCGUCUUCCUAUACCUGAACCAACAAUAUUCAAUGGCGACCCACUCAGAUUCAAUGACUGGAAGGUUUCAUUUCAGACACUCAUUGAUCGGAAAAACAUUCCAGCCGAAGAAAAUAUAUAUUACUUGCGAAAGUAUGUGGGUGGACCUGCUAAAAAGGCUAUAGAGAGCUACUUCCUGCUUGGUUCAGAGUCAGCCUAUCACGCAGCAUGGAGGAUUCUCGAGGAAAGAUAUGGAAAUCCAUUCCUCAUAGCCAAAGCAUUCAGAGAUAAGCUGGAGGCAUGGCCCAAGAUAAGCUCCAAAGGCAGUAUCGAACUUCAAGAGUUUGCUGAUUUUCUUCGGAGCUGUGAGGCUGCUAUGACUCAGAUCAGAGGCCUCGAAGUACUUAAUGACUGCAAUGAGAACCAGAAGUUACUUGCAAAGCUUCCAGACUGGCUGACCUCGAGAUGGAACAGAAACGUCAUAGAAGUGGAGGAAGAAAGUCACACAUUCCCAAGCUUCCAGCAAUGUCUGGAGAAGAAGUUAAAGGGAAAUGAGCAGUACUGCAGAGACUAUAAGACCUUUAUGGAUGAGACAAUAGCUUGUGGAGACGCCGAGCUUGUCCCUGAAGAGGAUAUUAGCAAGACCCCAGCGUGGACAAGGACGCGCUUUAGAGAAGAAACCAUCAGGUUCAUCCAGAAGAACUUCUACGUCGAUGAUGGAUUGGCAAGUGUAGAAUCUGAAAACCAAGCAAUCCAACUAGUGAAGGAAGCAAGAGAGCUUUGUCGCACAGGCAAACUUCGAUUGCACAAGUUCAUCUCCAACAGCAAAGAAGUCUUAGCCACAAUUCCUGAGGAAGAGUGUGCUAAAGCCGUCAAGGACCUGACCAUGAUGUUGGGAGAACCACACAUGGAAAGAGCACUAGGAGUACAGUGGUGUGUGACUUCUGAUGAGCUGCAGUUCAGAGUGGUUGUCAAAGAAAAUCCACUUACCCGCAGAGGGGUCUUGUCCACAGUUGCCUCGGUGUACGACCCACUUGGAUUUGUGGCACCCUUCAUCCUGGUAGGAAAGCAGAUCCUGCAGCAGAUGUGUCGUGACAAGCUCAGUUGGGAUGAUCCUUUGCCUGAUGACCUUCGACCCCUGUAG